CUUGUUCGCUUUGUCUGCUUCGGGCUCAAACCUUGCAGCUGGCUAGGCUCGUGCGGGUUUCACUUUCCCAGUUAAAGUUUCAGAACCACUCGGCUUCUUCCGCACAAAACAAACUGUCGCAAAAGAAGCAAACGGCAGCCUUGAAGGGUAGCACGAGCCGACCAGACAGACCAAAGUCAGUCAGUCGGAGAGUCAGUCAGGCAGCCGAGCAGCUACCACCGCCACAUACAUAAAUCCAGGCACGCUGGCCAGGUCCUUUAUACUACUUGAAAUACUCCCCCCCUCACCUGCCCCUCACCGAGAGCAUAAUAAGCAUACAUGAAGGCCGCAGUCCAGUUCUCCUCCAGCUCUGUUCACCGCCCCACGAGAGAUGGCGGAGUGCGACACCACAACCACCACCACCACUCCGGAUCAACCACCGCAUCGGUCCUCUUCGCGGACGUCGUCUUCUUCCCGACGCAGUCAGCAGAAGGCUAAGGCCGCUGCUACUCGAGCCCGCUCCCAGAAACGCCAUUCCGCCGCCUCCUCCAAUGCCACCACCACCGACCUGACCUCCUUCCCCUCGCUCUCCCCGGACCGCUCUCCCGAAGGGUUUCUGGGCCAACCUGCCCUGAACCGCGCCCUGACAAACGCCCUGCUGGACGGCGAAGCCGGCGAUACCACCAUCACCACUACCAUGGGGGAAGUCGGUCGAGACCGGAGAUCCACCCUGGCCAAGCUGACGGGUGGUGGCUCGACGGCGAGUCCCGGUCGGGCGGCGCUGUUUGGGGACUCGGUGCCGAUUCGCGAUUUCCCGGGCGCAUUGCACCUGGCAGACGAUGCGCAUAUUGAGCGGUUGAUUGCGAGUACCGGCGCCGCGAAACUCGUCAGGCAAUUUGCUCGCGAUCUGGCCCAGCGGGACGCGGAGAUCUCGGCGCUGCGCCAGCGGGCGGAUUCUAGGGAACGCGAGUUGAAGAGGAUGCUUCGUGAGGUGUCGGUCUCGAAUCAGGAUAUCGAGCGUCGGUUGUAUCAGUUGGAGAAUGUCGCGUUGGGUGAUGAUCCGGGUUUGGAUACUGGUGCUGCGGGGAAUGCAGAGACUGGGAGCUCUUCGUCUAGUGUGCAUGGAUUGAUGCAGCAGGCUAUGAUCGACGGCGUGGGAUCGCAUACCCAUGAGGAGGUCCCGGACCCUGCGGCGGCGACUAAUGCGCAGGCGACUGUUCGUGGCCCUCAGCGUCUCGAUAGUGAUGCCCGGUCGGGCACGGAUAGUGUUGGGUCUGGAACGAAUCGCAAGAGGCAUAGCUCGAUUCGGAGCUGGCAGGAGUUUAUCUUCGGGAAUACUGUCGGGAGUCGGAAGACGAGCCGAGCGAGCAGCUUGAUGGGUGAUGUCGAGGAAGAAGAGACCCAGCGGCAGCGGAAUCUCGGCAACCCUUCUGGUCGGAGGAGAGCGCUGGACGACCAGCUAUUCCAGCCUCCGGAUGGACAAGCUGGGCCUGCGGCGGGGGAGGUUGCUGGGAAGCGUCUUGCGGCGGCAUCAUCCGGUGGCGAUGACGCCAGCACUCAUUCGCGCAAGUCAUCCAGGUCGUUAUCCUCGUGGACGGUGAAGUUGUUUGCCGGGAAUACGAAGGAAGACAGUAGCGAUAAUGACACGCGCGGUAGAGCCUCGUCCGCUAAUCGAGGCAGUAGCAAGGGUGUCUCCCCGGCCCUUCCCCCUAACGCCAGAGGGGCUGUUUCAGCUGUGGCGGCUCUGAAACGCAUCAAUAGCAAUGCUAGCAUCCACGGCGCGCCGGGACGGCCAAAUGGAUCUGGCAAUAUGCCUAAGUCCGCCGGCCAGAUCGGCCGCAGACAAGCAUCGUCGAGCGUCUCGCAGGGAGCAGGCUCGGAGGCUACGGUUAAAAACGCGACCAACUUGGGACCCGUGGAGAUGGAUGCCAUUCUUCCCCUCGAAUCACGGCCCCCCAGCCUUUCGAACUUGUUUAACAACUACCGACCGGACGAGCUGCUGACCGACCGGUUCGGUUUCAUUUACGACCAGCGUCGGAAGAAGCGGCAGAGGGAGGCCAAGAACAGUGGAGGCAACAACCGCCUGAGUAUCGCGGAGACCCUGAGCAGCCUACGAAGUGAGACCUCGGACGGCGAUGACGCCUUGGACUCCCCACGACAGCUACUCUCUGCCGCGGACUCGCAGAGCUCACCCGCAUCUGCAUCGCCUGAGAACCCCGAAGCGGGCACCGUCGCCCUUCGGAAGUGGCAAGACUAUCUGAGGGUGCCUACUGGACCUACGGAGCUGCUGUCACACACGCCAUCCGCCGGUCCCAUUGUGUCUCUGACCACUGCAGGCGACAACCCUCCGCGUAGCACGGCCGUGGCGGUCGACAAGCGCGGAUCCGUCUCCGUCAACUCCAACACCCAGCCAUCGGCGUCCACAUCGACCGUCGUUGCAGAUCGCCCGGAGUUCGCUGGCUCGUCGUCCGACGAGCUCGCCGCGCUGAGCAUGGCGGCGAACGAGAACGAGCCCGUCAAACUGCUGCUGGAGCAACUCACCGAGUUGCACGAUUUGCUGCAGCGCGAUCGCACCGUGCGAUGGAACGAAUUCCUGCGCAAAGUGCGCGCGGAGCGCCGGAAGGAUGGCGAAGCGGCGGCGGCAGCGGCGGCGGCGUCGGACCGGCCGCUGCAAUCCGUCGACAUGCCCGAGGCGUCGCUGGCGGACGGCGAAGUCGUGGGCAUCUCAGGGCUGGGGAACAAGGGCAAGGUCGGCCGCAACAAAUGGCGCGAGCUCCGGUCUCUCGUGCUCGGGGGAAUCCCCGUCGUGCUCCGGGCCAAGGUCUGGGCCGAAUGCAGUGGCGCCUCGUCCAUGCGAGUGCCCGGCUACUACGAUGACCUGGUGAAGGGCACCGGGGGCGACGACCCCGAUCCGUCCGUCGUGGCACAAAUCGACAUGGACAUCAACCGUACCCUCACCGACAACGUCUUCUUCCGCAAGGGCCCCGGCGUCGACAAGCUCAAGGAGGUCCUGCUCGCGUACUCUCGGCGCAACCCGGAGGUGGGCUACUGCCAGGGCAUGAACCUCAUCGCGGGCUCUCUCCUCCUCAUCACCCCGACCGCCGAGGACGCCUUUUGGCUCCUCACCUCCAUGAUUGAGGUCAUCCUGCCCGAGCACUACUACGACCACGGUCUGCUCGCCUCGCGCGCCGACCAGGUCGUCCUCCGCCAGUACAUCGGCCAGAUCCUGCCCAAGCUGUCCGCCCACCUGGAAAGCCUCGGCGUUGAGCUGGAGGCCCUCACCUUCCAAUGGUUCCUUUCCGUCUUCACCGACUGUCUGUCUGCCGAAGCCCUCUACCGCGUCUGGGACGUCGUCCUCUGCCUCAACGUCACCAGCGCCGUCAACACCCCUCCCACUGCUGGCCCCAAUGCCCCCUCCUCCACUACUACCCCCGCAACAACCGACCCCAACGACGACCUCACCUCCACCAGCGUCGGCGGCAAUGGCGGCGGCAGCACCUUCUUAUUCCAGGUCGCCCUCGCCCUCCUCAAGCUCAACGAACAACAACUCCUCACCACCUGCUCCACCCCCGCGGAACUCUACACCUACAUCAACCACCAGAUGACCAACCAUGCCAUCAGCAUCGACGGGCUGAUCCAAGCUAGCGAAGCUCUGCGGAAUGUCGUCCGUCGCGAAGAUGUCGUCGCUCGUCGUGCUGAUGCCCUCCGUGAGAUGCAGGAGUUUUCCCGAGGCAGACCGACCUCUUCUGCUGAUGACAACUGAG